CCCAUCAAAACAAUCAUCCCACAAGAACAAAGAAACACUUAACAUCUGAGAAAUAAUGGACACUUGCUUGGACUGCAAGAGAGCCACUGAAACAGUGAUCGACAUAAGAACCGGCGACACAAUCUGCACAGAGUGUAGCCUCGUCAUCUCCGAUCACUACAUCGACGACAGCCAAGAAUGGAGAACGUUCGCCAACGACGAUAACAGCAGCGACCGAGACCCUAACCGCGUCGGUGCUCCUACCAACCCUCUUCUCAAAUCCGGAGGUAUCGGCACCAUCAUCGACAAAACUACCUCCAACUCCAAGAAUGACUUGUGCCGCGUCGAGAAUCUCGUCAGGAACUCUGAAGAGGAUAUGAUCGUGAAAGCGUGCAAAGAAAUCAAGAGAAUGACGGAUGAUCUAGGUCUUGUUAGCAGUGUCGAGUUUAGGGCUUGCGAGAUUGUGUCCAAGUUAGAUGGUGACUAUAGGAAGAGACUAAGCAGACAGAAACACUUUGUCGCUGUCUGCGCGGCUUCUGUUUCGACGGCUUGUCGUGAGAUGAAUCUCUCGAGGACGUUGAAAGAGAUCUCUAUGGUGGCUCACGGUGUGAGUUUGAAAGAAAUAAAUAGAGCUAGUAUGGCUAUAAGGCGUCUACUCGAGUCAGAUCAAGGGGAGACGACAGAUUCUUCUUCUUGUGCUGCUCCUCAGGUGAUUAUCAAAACAAGAGAACUUGUACGCCGGUUCUGUUCUAAACUAAACAUAAAGGAAAGAGAGACAAAGGCCAUUGGAGAAGCUGUUGAAGUAGCUGAGAAUUACGAUAUCCGGAGAAACCCUAAGUCGGUUCUUGCUGCUAUUAUCUUCAUGAUAUGUCAGCUGUCUCAGAACAAUAGGAGACCUACUCGAGAAAUUGCGAUCGCUGCGGAAGUUGUGGAGAAUACUAUCAAGAGCUCUGCUAAGGAUAUGUACCCGUACGCAUCAAAGAUUAUACCCGAAUGGUAUGCUUCUGAAGAAAAGGUCCAGAGGUUAGGAGGUAUCAUAGGAUCUUGGGAUGCUGCAAAACUUUAACACAUAGGGAAAGCCUCUAGUCGCGUAAGAAGUUUUAGAAUUUAUCUCGUAGAAGUAGAUCGCUUAGAUAUAUGCUCUGAUUAAAGAUUUAUGCUAUCUUUUUCCAUUAUUUAUAUAACAAAAAUGUAUCUAGCUGCAAGUAGAGAAUUAAUAGGAUCUAUGUUUACAUAUAUGGUUGAAUAAACAACCUUUUUGAGAAGCUUAGAAGAGGUUAAAUCACAUUCACAUGUCUCGAUAUUUUUUUUUUUGUAUUGGUAUUUUUAUUAAAGCAAUCUACUAUUUCAUAUCUAGUCUAGCUUGUAAUAUAAUAAAAUCUUUGUUGUUAGCUUUAAAACACCACUAGAUUUUGAUCCGCGCUUUGCAAGCGCAUAAUAUUUUAUCAUGAAUUUUUUUACUAAUAUAUUUUGUUAAUUUGUAAGAAUUUUUUGUAUUUAAAAUAAUUUUCAUUUAAAUCAGUGUUUUUAAAUUUGACCCGAACCCGCGGUCAAACCGAGUAAUCCGGUGAUUCGAUAUAUUAUAAUCAGUUUAAAUUUGUGUUAAGCAUUUUUAUGUAGAUACAAUAUUUUUGGAACAUUUUUCAUAAUUAUUUUUGCUAUUAUAUUUAUUGUACAAUUUAUAACUUUAUAUUUUUUAUAUUAUGGUUAUUAUUGACUUAUUAUGUUACUUAAACAGUAUAACAAUUAUUUAGAAAAUUUAAGUAAAAUAAUCCAUUAAUUUAAUUUAUUUAUUAUUGAACUUUUGUAGUAUUUAAACCUGCAAAAUAAGUUCUAUUUAUUUUUGUUGUUAUAUAAAUUAUUUGAAUUUUCUCAUUAUUUAAUUUAUCAGAAUAAUUUGAAAUAAAAUUGUUAGAAAUUAUAAAAAAAAAGAUAUAAUAUUUUAUAUUAUUUGAACAAAAGAUUAAUUAUAAUGUUGUUUGGACACAUGGAUCGUAGUAAAAAAAUUAAGUAUAUUGUUUGAAAACAUGGAUAUAGUAGUAUAAAGAAAGGAAUAUUAAUGAUUUAAUGAACUUUAACUAUAAAGUUGAAUGUUAUAUUUAAUUUAAAGACUUAUUCUUGGGUUCACCCUAGGGUGAAUCUAUAUGUUCACCAACCCAUAUGAUUGUGUUAUUUCAUAUUCUAUAUUUUUAUAAAAAAAAGAAACAAAAUAUUGUCAAGUUAUAUUAUGUUUUUAAAAUAAAAUUGUAAAAAAUAUAUAUAUAAAAAUAGUAAUACCUACAGAAAAAAAUAUUUAAAAGAAAAAUAUUUUUAAAAUCGUCAGCAAAACACUAAAUCAUAAACCUUAAAUCCUAAUCCAAAACUCUAAAUUCUAAACCGUAAACCUUUUGAUAAACUCUAAACUUUUGGAUAAAUCCUAAACUCUAAAUCAAAAACAUUAAACACUAAAACACUCAAGGGUUUAAGGUUUAGGAUUUAGGGUUUAGUGUUUUUGAUUUAGGUUUUAGGAUUUAUCCAAGGGUUUAGGAUUUAGGGUUUAAGAUUUAGUAUUUUGCUGAUGAUGUUAAAAAAUAUUUUUUUCUGUAAUUACAUUUAUUUUUAUUUAUUUAUUUAUUUUUACUUUUUUUUAAUUUUAAAACAUAAUAUAAUUUAAAUAUAUUUUGUUUUCUUUUUUGAAAGAUAUCGAAUAUAAAAUAACACAAUCCUAGUGGUUGGUGAAUCUAUAGGUUCACCCUUUAGGGUGAACCCAAGAAUAAUUCUAAUUUAAUAACUUACAAAAUAAAUUUUAGGUCCAAUACAAUAUUUAUGUUUUAACAAGAUAGAUACAGUAUUGUUUUUACUUGUAAUUAUAAAACAUUUUUCAUUAAGGAUAGAAAUUAGCAAUUCUUUUAAUAGUAUUUAUCAUUAUAUAAAUUUAAACUAGCUUACACUAAAAAGUACAUAACUGCUUAUACAAAAUUGUCGUCAUUUCAAAAAUCCAAUUUAACUCUUUACUACUCAAAUAAAGUUUUAUAACUUUAAUUGAAAACUAGUUUUUGACCCGCGCGGCUGUUAUUUUACUUUUUAACAUAUAACAUUUAUAGUUGUUUUUGGUUAGUACAUGUUUGUAUAUGUUUGACUUUGUUCAUAAAUAAUAUAGAUAUUAUAUUGUUGCUUGAUUUAUAAAUAAGUGAUGUAGAUCUUGUUGUUUGAUCUAGACAUUUUGACCAUGUUUUAAAAGUAUUUAUAGGUUAUGUUGGUUGCUUAUUUGGUUUUCGAUAUUGACAUAAUCAAUUAAAUAUAUUACAUAAUUUUAUAUUAGAUCAAUAAGUUUUUGAAUUACAUUUAUAUGAAAAUUAUUUAAUAUAUUAAGUUUUUUAUAAUUUAUUUUAAUCAAAUUUAUAAAAUUUAUAGGUUUAUUUUAAUUUUACCACUUUAUGCUUUUUGUAAUAAAUAUUUUUUUUACAACAAUAACUAACAUUCAUAAAUCAGGGCGAAACCACGUCAUAUAUUAUAGUAAUAAAUAUUAUUUUAAUAUAGAAAUACUGUAAUAUAAUUAUUUUACAUAAACUGAUGUUCUAUUUUAAAAAUUUUUAAAAAAUAUUAUACAUUCUCGGUAAAGAUAAUUUAGAUGUUAUCUUUCUAUUUAUUUUGCCAAAAACAAAAUAUAAAUGAAUUUGACAAAGUUAGUUGGCCCAUCAAUUUUUUUUUUUUUUGGCGCAAAAGACCAACAAAAAAAUUUAUUCUUGUAACUAAAAAAGUAAAUGAUAGUUUUUUGUUAAGCAUUGGUACUUACUUCUCCACGGGGGCAGUGAAUCUUUUCUUUAAUUUCUCAACAACUGAGCUUUUUAUUGAGCAGAAGUAAUCUUUAAACAAUUAACUGAGAGAUGUGUCUCUUGCAUGUAUAUGUAAUACAGAGAAGAGUUUAGCUUAACCAACUUUCAAGAUGGACUUUUGUUUCUGUGUUUAUGGUUGGCCUUUUACUUGCUUCUCCAAUAUUUGAUGGACAGUCAAAAAAGAUUUUAAAAAACUUUGUUUUUGUAAAAGAGAAUCAUGUUUUUUUUCAAUGACGUAUAUUCUCUUUUAACAGUGCUUGGGAGAGUUCGAGUGGCUGUAAGAUUACGACCUCGUAAUGCAGAUGAGUCGGUGGGCAGUGAUAAUUGUGUUGAGUUGCAACCUGACUUGUCUCCAAUCAGUAAAGGAUUGCGAUUAAUGUAAUUCUUGUUAAUCACAAAAGAAUAUUCCUUGAAGUAUCUUCCUUAAUAGCCAUUAGUGCUGGUGCAGCUAUUGUGGUUGGUGUAAUGCCAUCAGAGUCUUUAAUCUGAGAGUGUGGGAGACAAUGGUUUCAAGAUUUCUGGUGGAGAUGACUUCAGCUGAUCUCCUAAAACAGAUUCUGCAACUUGGGGAAGCUUGUUGUUCUCUGCUGAGCUUGAUUACAACUAUGAAGCGAAUGCUCUGCUUAACAAAGAUUGUGACCUUGGCCGAGGCCGAUCAAAAAGUUUACGUUCUCUAACCUUGUCAAGCUGCAGGAAUAAUUCGAGAGAGAUGUGAAGAAAAUUGGGGAGCUAAGACACGGGGAGUAUACAAUUCACUUCAAAAGCUAAGUGUAAAAUAAUGUUUUAGGAAUUCCACAAACACGGGGAGUAUACAAUUCACUUCAUAAGCUAACUUAUUUAUGCUUUAUUUUUUGAAUUCUUGUUUCAGUAACUCAGAGAAUUUCUGUUGGAGACUGAAUUAUCCCGGUAUCAGUUUCUGAAGAAAAGGCUGAAUAAUAAACAGGUAUAAUUAAAACUUGAACUUCUUUUUCCAUUUUCGUUCGUCUUAUAAUUUUUGUCUGUUAAGUUUUAACUGCUUGUAUGUAUUGCUUUAUAAGAAGUAAAGACCAACAUGACUUUGUAAUAUAGCGCAGUCAGUCGCUUAUUAGAUUAUUGGUUCCUGCAAAAUUCAUGAUGAGAUUUGAUUAUUGGUUCGUGCACUAAAUUUUGACUGUUAAGUUUGUGUAUUUUGUCCAGCUAAUAAUAUAGUAUUAUAUUUCAUUAGCUUUCAUGAAAGUAUACAUGGUCGAAGAACUUAAAACAACUCUCGAUUAAAACUGAAGAACUUUCCCCAUACAUCAGAAACAACAUAGGUUAGUAGUUUAAUUGGCCCUAUGUUUGGAUUUCAGCAGUAAAUUCAGUUCGUGAAGAACUUUCUCCAUACAUCAGAAACAACAAAAGUUAGUAGUUUACUUGGCGCUAUGUUUGGAUUUCAGCAGUAAAUUCAAUUUGUGAAGAACUUUCCCCAUACAUCAGAAAUCAACAAAGGUUACUCAACCACUUUUAAAUGCUUGACAAGUUUGAGUAAUGAGACACUCUUAUUUGAAGACAUUUUGACUCUGUUUAGUACUGCAGAAGUCGAGCUAUGUGUCGACCUUAUUUAUAGAUUCAUGCUAAGAUAUUAGGGUAUCUAUCACGUAAAGCUUGUUUUUUAAAAAACUAAAUCACAAAUAUUAGAUUGUAGUUGAGAUAUGUGAAGGAUAAUAAGUAAGAUAUCACGUGAUUUUAGGAAAAUAAUAUUAAAGCUAAUAUAUGUUAGUGUGAUAUAUCAUAUAAGGUUGACAAAAACAAUAUAUUUCAUUUAAUUUACGUAUAUUUGUAGUAAAUUCUCUGAAUAUACCAUAUAUACUGAAAUGAUAUCUUGCAUAUUUACAUUGUUUUAUCCAUUUAUUCAUGUGCAUUUUCAUCAUAUAGUUUAGGAUUUAGCCAUGUCUAGGUUGCAUUUUGCAUACAUAUGUCUCUAUCAGGUAGUUGAGCACCACAUGGAGUUUCUGGAGACAUUUGAGUGCAUUUGGAGCUCAAAAGGAGGUGAUUAGAGUGAGCUUUGGACGAGCACUGCUGGAGCGACCUUUCGGAGCGACGGCAUGAGGUCGCUGUGCACCACAUCCCGGAGCGACUCAUCCAGAGCGACACAGCAAGGUCGCUCGCGUUUUCAUCACUGGGAGACGCGAGAACAAGCUCGGAGCGACCUUCCAGAGCGACGUGCUGAAGUCGCUCCCGAAGCUUGGAGCGACGUCCCAGAGCGACAGGAAGAAGUCGCUCGCGAAUUCACCACCCGGAGACGCGAGAACAAGCCCGGAGCGACCUCUCGCAGCGACACAGCGAGGUCGCUCCCGAAGCUUGGAGCGACUUGUCGGAGCGACAGUCUGAGGUCGCUCCGUGUUUUGUUUCUGCUCGAACUUGUGUUUUCUCAAGGGCAUUUUGGUCAUUUCAUUAUGCACGUUUUUAUUUUCUAAACCUAUGUUUUAUUA